AUGUCGUCGUCGUCGGCGGCGGCGAAGGCCAAGAGAGGGGUCGUCAGCAGCCUGCAGGGCCCGAGGCCGCUGCCGCUGAGCCUGCCGGGCACCACGUCGUCGUCGUCGCCGCCGCCCCGGCAGGCCAAGAGACCCCGCGUUGCCGUUGACGAUGGCGGCGUCGGUGGACCGCCGCCGGCUGCGGCGCCGGGGCCAGUGAUCCUGUACGAGCACACGCCCAAGGUCAUCCACGCGCGCCCGGACGAGUUCAAGGCCCUCGUGCAGAGGCUCACCGGCCGGCAACCGGCCGGGACCGCGGGCGGCGGCGAUCAGGGUCAGGAGGCCGUGCUUCGGUCGAAGGUGCCGUCGUCGCAGUCGCAGCAGGACCCGCUGGUGCUCACGCUCGGGCAGCAGCAGGUCCCGCCCCCGCCGCCGCUGCCGCUUGAUGAUCAUCACCACACGCCGCCGGUGCUGCCUUCGCCGCCGGGCGGUGCUGGUGGUUUCCUUCUCUCCCCGGGCAGCUUCCUCUUCUCGCCCGCCACCAUGCAGGCCAUACAGGAGCUCAUCAGCUGA